AUUGGCUGGUACCCCGAGUCCGGUUUUACACCGUUUCCUUGUUUCAGCUUGUCAAAGAACCGCUUCGCCGACCUGUUCUCGUUUACAAUGAGGUACACGCGCUUCUUCAUUCGGUUGGCUGUGCUAGUCUGCAUUGCACUGAAAUGCGAAAGUGGAGAAACGGAGUUUAAUUAUGUCACCUGCGGUUCCCUCGUGAAAUUGCUGAACACGCGGCACAAUGUUCGGCUGCACUCGCACGAUGUUAAAUACGGUUCAGGUAGUGGGCAGCAGUCGGUCACUGGGGUGGAGAGUGCAGAUGAUGCCAACAGUUACUGGCGCGUCCGGGGAAAGCCCAAUGAGCCCUGUCAGCGAGGGGCGCCCAUCAAGUGCGGCCAGGCCAUACGCCUCACCCACAUGAACACGGGACGAAACCUCCACACUCACCAUUUCGCCUCUCCUUUGUCAAGCAACCAGGAGGUGAGUGCUUUCGGGGAGAAUGGGGAAGGGGACGACUUGGACGUGUGGACGGUGCAGUGCAGCGGCACCCAUUGGGAGAGGGACGAGGCCGUGCGUUUCAAGCACAAGGGCACGGACGUGUUCCUCAGCGUGACGGGGGAGCAGUACAGCCAUCCCAUCCGGGGCCAGCGGGAAGUGCACGGCAUGCCCAGCGCCAACCAUCACAACUACUGGAAGGCCAUGGAGGGCGUGUUCAUCAAGACGAGCGUGGAGCCGCGCCAUCGCGACGAACUCUAGCACCGGUCCCUCCUCCCCCCCCCCAGCCGUUAUUUCGUUUACCCACAUUGAAACGUCCCCUUGAGAGAACGCACUCGUUUCAAUUUGACCGUAACGGUUUCAGAUGUUUCCAGCUACCGUACACUGUAAUGUCUAAACCGCCGCACGGGAUUUUCGAGUUCCUGAGGGAAAACGUCAUUGUUUUACAGUAACGUCCUGUCAGUUGAUGUAAUCCAAUAAAAUCAACUUUUUUUUUGGACAAUUUUGUAACUUUAUGUUUGAAACAAUGUAUCAUUUCCAGGUCGGAUUUUUUUUUUUUUUUCCUUCCCAACAUUACUGUUCGGAUUCCUGUUAAAAUGUCAAUUUAUUGAACGAUGAAUCUGUUCGAAGCUAUUCAUUUUAGGUUUUAAAGUUGAAUUUAUUGAUCAUGUGAUUUAUUUAUAGUUUGGGUUAUAGCUAUAUUGUUUCAGAAGGAUGCGUUAUGUAAUCAUAUACUGUAAAUGAGAUAUUUUGGAUGCUGUGGUGUAUUUGGACUUGGGAAAAUUACUUCCAUAAUUACUCUCUCAUGAUUUACUAGACAUGCUUAUUUAUUUCUAUGGAACAGCUUCUGUUGUAAUCUUUCUUUGUUAGUGUUUUUUUUUUUUUUUUUUUAAGUUUAUGAACGUGUUAAUGUAGCUUACAAAUGGAAGGAAUACGGUAAAUUCUGGAAUUAUUGCAAUCGUAACACCUGAGACAGCAAAGUUUGUGUCUGAUUUGUUGUGUCAAAUGGGUAAAACUGGGUCCUCAAUCUACGAAUGUAAUUGGGGCCACAAGCUUGUACUUAACUUGAGUUGUUCAUAAAUCCAACCGCUGCACCACAGUCAAAUAAAUGGUUAAUAGAGUGGAUCCCUCACCUUUCGAACUUUUCAG